CCGGCCUCCAGACCUGCCCUCCAGCCCCGCCCCGUUCUUGACCAAACAUGACAGACUGUGAACAUGCAGGGCACGACAGAGAAGAUGGUGAAUUGGAAGAUGGAGAAAUAGAUGAUGCAGGAUUUGAAGAAACACAGAAUCAGGAUGCAAAAGAGAAUGAAAAGCAAAAAAACGAGAAAGCCUACCGAAAAUCUAGAAAAAAACACAAGAAAGAAAGAGAAAAGAAAAAAUCCAAAAGGAGGAAACAUGAGAAACAUAAGCAUAACUCUCCAUCUGGUGAUGAUAGUUCAGACUACAGCCUGGAUUCAGAGGCUGAACAUAUGGAAAGUUCCUAUAAGAAAAGAACUAGCUUCUACAGGGAUUAUGAUGUUCCAUUUUCUCAGCAUGGACGUAUAUCAGGAAGCUACAUGACAUCAAAGAAGAGACAACAUAACAGAAAAUUUAACAAUAAAGAAUAUGCUGAGUCCAGUUUCUAUAGUGAUGAUAACUUUGGUAACUACAGUGAUGACAACUAUGGUAACUACAACCAAGAAGAAGAAGAUUUUUCCAGUCAACUGAAAUACUAUAGACAAUCGCAGGAAUCAUCAGGAUCAUCAUUUUCUAAAGAAUCAGGGAAAAAACAGAGAACUAAAGGAAGCCCACCAGGUACUGAGUAUCGGAUUAAAAGUUUUAAUGUUAGUCAUGGACAUAUUUUACCGAAGAAAAUUAGAAGAAAAGACCACCACGGGGCAAGAGUCACUAAAGGACCUAAUGUCUUUUCAGGAACGGAUGACUUUCAAGAGUACAGCAAACCAGGGAAAAAGUGGAAAGUUAUGACUCAGGAAUUUAUUAACCAGCACACAGUGGAACACAAAGGAAAACAGAUCUGUAAAUACUUCCUGGAAGGGAGGUGUAUUAAGGGAGAUCAUUGUAAAUUUGAUCAUGAUGCAGAAUUGGAGAAGAAGAAGGAGAUCUGCAAAUACUAUUUACAGCGAUAUUGCACCAAAGGAGAUAACUGCAUUUAUAUGCAUAGUGAAUUUCCUUGCAAGUUCUAUCAUAGUGGAGCAAAGUGCUACCAAGGAGACAAUUGUAAGUUUUCCCAUGAUGACCUGACUAAAGAAACAAAGAAACUUUUGGACAAAGUGCUGAAUGCUGAUGAAGAACUUCUAAAUGAAGAUGAAAGAGAAUUAGAAGAACUGAGAAAGCAUGGCAUAACUCCUCUCCCUAAGCCGCCCCCUGGAGUCGGGCUUCUUCCAACCCCAUCGGAGCACUUUGCCACUUCUGAUCCUGAAGACAAUUUCGAGACAGAUCUUUCUGAUGAUAUGAAGAAAAUUCCAUCUCUUUUUGAAAUAGUUGUAAAACCUACUGUGGAUUUAGCGCAUAAAAUUGGGAAGAAACCACCAGCAUUUUACAACAGUGCCUCACCGCCAGGACCACAGUUUGAGGAAGGCAGUCCCUGCCCACAGCAUAUGUACAGUUCUGAGUCAAGUCCAGGUCCAGGACCUAAUGUGCCUCACAGGACUAUCACAUCCUUGAGGCACAUAGGUCCUGGACAUCAUCCAUGUGUGGGACUUCCUGGUCCACCAAUGCAAGAGAGCCCACAUUUGCCACCAGGUUCAUCUGAAAUUGUAGGCUCUCAUAGUCAAGGUGGAGGGCUUGUUCAGCUGGAUACUCUACCAAGUAUGGGCGGAGCUUAUCAUUCCCCUAGCUUUCCAGGUCAUGUGAUGAAAGUCCCUAGAGAGAAUCAGGGCUCUUCAGCUUCCCUGUACCAGCAGAUGACUGGGGAAGCACAACUCAACACUGAGGCCGAGUCUCUGCCAGUCCCAGCUGAGCUAUAUGAUGAUUACUACCCACAGCAUGCUGCACAAAGCUUUCAACCACCUGAUAACUCUGCUGAGGAGAUGUGGUAUGAAGAGUUUGCACAGCAGCAGCCUCCUAACCUUGGGAGUGGGCCCAACACCAGCAGCAAUAUGACAAGUCACUGCCCUCUGCCUGCUUCAGGGCUCCCUCCUGCAGUGCAGAGAGCUCUCUUCAUCCAGUUGUCUCAGAGAUACCAAGAUGAACCAGCUGGCAUCCAGCCUCAUCGAGCAUCAAGCAAGGAAGAAGAUGAUACAGUUAACUGGUAUUCCAGUAGUGAAGAGGAAGAAGGAAGUGGUGUCAAGUCAAUACUGAGGACAUUACAGAAACAAACAGGAACUCAUCAGCAACAGCCUCCCCGAGAGCUUAGCAUUCCUACUGAUCCAAGACUUGCUAAAGCGAAAAGGAAAGGAAGUCAAGUGGUUGACCCAAGACUUCGGACUGUCCCAAGGCAAGAUGUUAGAAAGCCGCAUGAGUCUGUCCCAGUGAACCUUAGACUUGUGUGGGAUCCCAGGAAAUUAAGAGGGAAUGGAAAUGUUCCCGGAGCUAGUGGAGCAAAGUUUGAUUUACAUCAUGUAAAUGCUGAUGCAAAUUGCAAACCCAAAAGAAGAGAUGAUGAUGAUGAAGAUACAGAAAGAGAACUGAGGGAAAAAGCCUUCUUAAUACCAUUGGAUUCUUUACCUGGUGUAGUACUCCAGGAUCCAAGGUCACAGUUAAGACAGUUCAGUCAUAUUAAAAUGGACAUCAUUCUAACCAAACCCAACUUUGCAAAACACAUUGUGUGGGCUCCAGAAGACUUACUUCCAGUACCUUUACCUAAACCUGAUCCAGUAUCUUCAAUCAAUUUACCUCUGCCCCCACUUAUAGCUGACCAGAGGCUCAAUAGGUUAUGGAAUACAAAAAGUGAUCAUCAGAAGUCCCUGUCGCUUGAGCCAAAAUCAGCAGCCAAAACCAAAAUGAAUCUAACACACAGAGAGGGCUACUUAGAACAGUUUGGAGACUUACAUAGUUCCGGGGCUAAAUUAGGAGACCCUAGGCUGCAAAAGCAUUUUGAUCCUAGGCUUCACAGAGUGCCCAGUACAGAGUCUCACCAAGUGGCCAUAAAGGACUCACAUGCAUCAAAGAGUGCCCCUCCCUUAGCCACAUCAAACCCUGCUCUGUCACAGUCCUCAACAGCAGUACCUAUUAAUGCUGGCCCUGUGACUCUUCCUCCAUAUGCCCCUAAACUCUCUUCGUCAGAUGGCCUCCCACUAGGAACUUCAAGUUCAGUUGUUAGUGGCAUUAGUUUGUAUGAUCCUAGGGAGAAGGGCUCAGUGUCUACAUCAGAGCUAUCAACCAUUUCUUCCGGAGAAAAUGCAGAGAACCAGAAAAAAAGUUGUUUGAAAAAUAGUGAUAAAAGUGAACCUUCACCUAGAGAAGUGAUCCUGCAACAGAAAACUAAUGCAGACAUGGAAGUUCCUGUUGCUGGGCCAGUCGACACGCAGGAAGACAUUCUCAGGAGUGCUGAGACGGUUCAGGUCCCUGCUGUGCAUAGUCUUCCUAUUCAGGCCUUAACAGGCCUAAUUAGACCUCCAUACAGUGAUCCAAAGCAGGCAAGAGAGUCAGGACAGGCAAGUCCAACCCCAGAUGAUGAUCCUAGUAGAGAAACGGAUGACAAAUCUCUGAAAGAGGUUUUUAAGACAUUUGAUCCAACUGCGUCACCAUUUUGUUAGCUGUUGUGUAGUUAAGCUGUUCUCAUGCUGACUAUCAGUCCUUUGCUGUUUUGUAACUGGUUUACCUCUAUAUUUAUUUUUUAAAUUAUAAACAUUUUUCAGCUGCUAGUAUCAGAACCACAUGAACUUCUCUCCUCUAAAGUCUGUGGUGUUUUAUACAAUAUUUUUAUAACUUCAAGAGACUGUAGUAUAAAAAUACAUAUCAUGUUAGCCUUAGUGAAAGUACUUUAUUGUUAAAAGUGAACCAUCAUGAACACAGCACUCAGCCUGAGUAUAUGCCAGUUGUCUUUUGUAAUCAUUGUUUAGGUUAACAAUUGCCACUUUUAUAUGGUUGUUUAGUUUCAAGCAAUAUGAUAUGUUACUUUUGAGAAUCAGUAUUUUAACUAGGAUCCUCUCUGCCAGCACAAACCUAUUAGUGUGUAACACCACUGCUAAGUCAAGUGCAAAGUGCAAACAAAUUCAUUAGCUGAGCUCGUGUUUAAGAGCAUCACUUGAUUAGCAUUGGCAAUACUGUUUGUGUACAGGAAGCACUUGAAUGUUGUAUCUUUUUUUUCUUCAAAUUCUGGUUUUUAUUAAGACAGGAAGGGAGGAGUGACUGAACUUUAAGGCAACAGGUGUGUGGAUACUUCGAGACCAGUAGGAGGCAUUUUAUAGAUAAAGAGCCUCUCCCUUGCUUGGCAACACCUGCCCUGCUCUCCAGAGGAAGGCUGGGCGGGCUUCUGUUCUAAAGGGAGUAAGACUCACCAAUGCCAGUGAGGCACAGCACAGCUUUGGCCAUGGGGACCAGUUUGUCAGGACAGUAGUAUAAAACCAGCACCUUGUCUUCGUCCACAGUAGGGCUGGGUGACACCAUUGUGAGUACUGUGGGUAGAGCCACUGGCCGCCAGACCACAACAUGAUCCUUCUCAGUAAUGACUGUGCCGGAGAUGUGGAUCAAGACCCUGGGGGAGCCAUGAAGGACGAAAGAAUCACACUUCUGGGGUGCAGACCUCAAAUUGUACCAUUCUUCCAAUUUGGUUUCUGUUUGCUCUAGUUGUGAUAACACUUUUGUAAUUUUUUUAGAGUUGUGUACUUCAUCGACUUUAGUUUACACUGUUUCAAUUUUUUUGUAAGUACAUCACCACAACCAUCUUUAAUUUCUAGUAAUAUAAAUAUAAUAUAUAUUACUCCAUAGUUCCAGUAGGCAACCAGAAUCUGUAUCUUCCCCAAGAGGGUUUUUUCACUUCUGCCUUUUCCAAAUCUGGAUCAUCAUCCUGGUCUAGCUGUACUGGGAUAACUGGAGUGCUGAUAGCCUUGGAAGCAUUGAUCGCUUUGAUCAGAGACAUGGUGAUGUCCAUGAUGGCUGUCUUACUUAGGGGAAAGUCUUCGUGGUCACCUGGGUACCUGGCUGGCCCAUGCUCUGUACCCAGAGUGCACCUGUUUCAGAGGCUGGCUCCAUCUCUGCCCUGACACUGGACGGCUGUGCACUGUUGGUCCUGGACAAGCUCCAAGCACUGACUCCUGCCAGUCUGCUUGCUGCUACUGGACUGAAAGUUUCUGUGCAUCUUGCCAGCCUUUAGCCCUCCAGCUCUCCAAUGUUGUAUCUUUCAAAAGUAUUUUAUUGUACACUGUAUCAUAGAAGCUGAAGGAAUAUAAAUAAAAUGUUUUGCUACAGUAAAAAAUUUCCAGGUUCUCUAAAAGAACUUUUAAAUUUUAAUUUUUCAUAUUAAAUAGUUAUGAGUUCACUGCUGUAUCACAUUGUAAUGUUUAUGUAUUUCAGUGUUUUGUCUUUAGCAGCAUAAUUUUUAUCUCAAACGUUGUAACUGCAAUAAUUGUGCUCAUCAUGACUGUGGCAAUUUUUAACAGAAUUUUCAAAGUGAGCUUGUAAUUAUGCUGAUAAUGUUUUAAAUGUCUAGAUUCUAUAUUUUUUCUUGCAUAGCAAAAAAAAAAAAAACCCACUGAGAUGGCAGGUAUGUUCCACUGUGUAUGGUACCAAUAAAGAAUCUUUUAGAUCUUA